GCGUGGGCGUGGUUGGAGCCUGAAUCCAGGGUUUCUAGUGCGACAACCGCCAGAGCUGCGGAGAGCGCUAAGCUGGGCGGACGUGGGGUCCUUCUCUGCCCCAGCGUAGCAAAGCCUACCAAUGCUUUCUCGUUUGGACCCCGACUCCAAUUUGGGAGCAGCUUGGUAGCUGUAUCCCCUAGGAAGAGAACCAAAGCAGUAAGAAGAAAGCAUUUGAAUUUGGAACACUUCUUUGCAGCUGGAAAUGGGGAAUGGACUGUCAGACCAGACUUCUAUCCUGUCCAGCCUGCCUUCCUUUCAGUCCUUCCACAUCGUCAUUCUGGGUUUGGACUGUGCUGGAAAGACAACUGUAUUGUACAGGCUUCAAUUCAAUGAGUUUGUAAAUACUGUACCUACCAAAGGAUUUAACACUGAAAAAAUUAAGGUAACUUUGGGAAAUUCUAAAACAGUCACUUUUCACUUCUGGGAUGUAGGUGGUCAGGAGAAAUUAAGGCCACUGUGGAAAUCAUACACCAGAUGCACAGAUGGCAUUGUGUUUGUUGUGGACUCUGUUGAUGUUGAAAGGAUGGAAGAAGCCAAAACUGAACUUCAUAAAAUAACUAGGAUAUCAGAAAAUCAAGGAGUCCCUGUGCUUAUAGUAGCUAACAAGCAAGACCUGAGGAACUCAUUGUCUCUCUCAGAAAUUGAAAAAUUAUUAGCAAUGGGUGAACUAAGCUCCUCAACUCCCUGGCAUUUGCAGCCCACCUGUGCAAUCAUAGGCGAUGGACUAAAGGAAGGACUUGAGAAACUACACGAUAUGAUAAUUAAAAGAAGAAAAAUGUUGCGGCAACAGAAAAAGAAGAGAUGAACCACGAUACCUUUUCUAUUUGUGUGGAGUAGGUUUUCUCCUUCUGAUUUUGACAAAUGGAAGAGUGUCUACAGCCUGGUUUGCCUGCCUGCCCUCCUGGAUGCUGUUAAAGCUUUGUUUUGUUGAACAAUCAGAUGUCCAAAUCUACUGCCUUGUGGAAGAUGAGUAAAUGCAGUGCUUCUUCAAAUGGUCUCUUCUCCCUACCCCACAAGUCUUUUGGUACUACCAUUUUGGGAAGCCAAGCAAGGAUAGGAAAUUGACCAGAAAACAGUUGUGGAAAUUUGACCUGAAGUUAGUGAAAUAAAACUUUGGAGAGUGUCUGCCUAGUGUUUUGUGCUUAUGUCUUAUGGGGGGAAGCCUUUGCAAGGAAAUUGCAUGCUAGGCUUGGUAUGUUAAGAUAAAAUGCUAAUGAAUGAAAAUGUUAUGGUAGAUUAAUAUAUAUAUACACACACAGUUAUAUUGAUCACAUUGGUCCAACCAGUAAGGGAAAAAGAGGAAGUGUUUGGUUUUUAAGUUUUGGCCAAAUGAGUUUUGACAUUUUGGGGAAUCAAAUACUGUAAUACUAUAUCUUGAUUCUAGACAGUAUUUAAGUAAGUCUAACUUAAAAGAAUAAAAAUGGUAUUUGGGGCGUAUUCAAGUGCAUGGAUUAGCUUUUCCGACACAGCAUGUUUUGACGUGUAGUCUUUUAUAUUUUAGAAAAUAGCUAUGCAUCUUUUUACACGGUCAGGUUUAAAACACCUUUUUUGGGAUUUAGGGCUCUUAGAGAAGUAGUGUGUUAUCAGAAGCACUUUCAGUUGAAGAACCUAUUUAUGAUUUACUUAACUCUUUUAUAUAGUAAAUUUGGGCAUGUAGACUAAUCUUAAAUGCAUAUAUGCUUUGAUAUGUGUAUGGAUUUAUUAAGAAAGCAAUUGAUAAAUUCAGUCAAGAGGAUGUAAUUCCAAUACGUGGUCUCUAAAGUAUUCCAAUUGUAAAAUACUUGUUUUAUUACAUUUGCUGACUGAACACAGAUGUGGUUUUUCAUAUAUUUUUGUAGUGUUUUGAGAAGGGCAGAAGCUUUAUAAACACCACUCAAUGCACUGUGCAGUGAAAAUGUUAAGAGAGAUACUUUAUGUGCUCUGAGCUUUAAUUUUUUUGUUUACAAACAGAACAGUGUUAUGAAGGCAGUCCAGUCCUGAUUAUAAGGUAGGAAGAAAUGAUAUAGUACUUAAGAUAAGAAUUACAAUUAUAGAAAAUGAAGGGGAAAGUAGCCAGGUUAUGUUUUGUGAAAAUUCACUGGUACUGUUUACAUUGGAAUCCAAAAAACCCUUUAAAUUAAAAGGAGGAAAAACCUUUACCUGUUUCUUAUCUAUAGGUAAAGAUAUACUUUCAGUGAUCAUACAUGAGCAAAUCAACAUACUUUCUGUUUAUUAAAGCCAACAGCAGUUUGUUUUGAAGAUAACCAAAAGAAAUGCACUUUGCUAGCAGAGUUUUAUUUUAUUUUAUUUUUAAUGGAGUUUCUGGAACUUUGAUUCUUGUUACACACAAAAUAAAGUAGCUUCCUAUGGAGCUUUCAACAUGUUAAAUGUACCUGCACUAGUGACAGUCACUUAAGAUGUUUAUAUUUAUAGAAAUGUGGAUAAUAACUAUCAAUAAACUACUUGAGGCACUAGGAG